UGGUAAGCGACAGCAAGACCAACAGCCGGGAGAUGCAUACUCCGCUCGGGGCGGCAAGCCCCCAGCGACUCCUCUAGGCCCACGGCAUCACCAAUAAGACACCAAGCAAGCCCGCGCCGCCACUUCGAUUUCCAUCUUCGCCCCCUCAUCUCUGCUACACCGCGUCGCCGUACGCGCCCCUUCCACCGUAUGCCCUGCUGCUCCCGGCUUCCGCCCAUCGUAUAAUCGUCUGGCAUGGCCGCCUCUUGCUUCGAAUAGACAUCUUAUAACAUCUGCCUGACACCAUGGAGGACCUCAAGAGCAACCUGCCCAUGGCCAUGGUGAUUGCCGCCUUCACCGGCAUCUCGUGGUACAUUGGCGUCGAAAUCAACAUCUCCCUCUUCCUCCUCUUUAAGCGUCGCCGCGGUCUCUACUUUUGGUCCUGUGCUCUGACAUCUUGGGGCGUAAUACUCCAGCCUCUAUUUAUUAUUCUCGCCGACUUUGGCGUCUGGAAGGACCCGGUUCCUGCGGUCGUCAUGAUUUACUUGACCUGGCUCAUUAUGGUCGUGCCGCAGAGCUGGGUUCUGUAUUCGCGACUGCAUCUUCUCGUUCAUACACCCAAAACGUUACGAAUUCUGCGCUACAUUCUCAUUUUCGUCUCAAUUGUUUUUUCUGUGCCAACAAUCAUCAUCGGCACAAUAGCACAAGCGACAAAUAUCCAUCCAGGCUUGGCUUCAUUUAAUAUUGUAUGGGAUCGCGUGCAACUUGCCGUGUUCUUUGUGCAAGAGACCAUGCUUAGUCUGCUCUACAUUUACCACACUCGAAAAUACCUGCUGGCGCGAUCGCCUCUCAUCGAACGAACAUGGUCUGUUGCCGAAAGCGACCACGGCGAGCGAGUGCAGUCUCAGGAGCAAAACUCUGUCUUGUGGCAGCUGGUAUAUUCCAAUCUUCUCAUCAUUGCCCUCGACAUUACGCUUCUCGGUAUUCAAUGCGCAGACUUGUUCUAUCUACAAGGCGCAUUCAAGCCAUGCGUCUACGGCGUCAAGCUCAAGAUUGAAUUCGCCAUUCUCAACCGCCUCAUUGCCACUGUACAACAAGCAGCACGAGAAGAAAUUUAUCUAGGCAGCGCACCAGACAGCCUUGGCCUUGGGCCCAAUCUCAGUUCCGCGCAGUCCGCUCAAGAGCGAGAAAGACGCAAGAGGUCUACCCCCGAUCCGACAGAGACCUUGGAUGCUUUGGAUGAUGAAGAGUCGGAUAUUGUGCCACCAGGUCAUCUACGAAGCCCAGAGAGCCAGAAACCAAUUCGCUAUGAAACGCAUGAAUCAUAGUUCUGCUACAGACUAUCAAACUCAAAAAAACAAAACAAAAAAACGGGACCUUGAAAGAGGUUGACGACGACGUUACGAUCUAUAUUGACUUAUAAUUCCCCUACCGAGCGUGAUGCUACUGUUUAUUGUUGGUCUUGCUUUCUUGCUUUUCUUGAAAGGAGUAUGGGGAGAUGGAAUUCACGGAGCGUAUUGAGCCACAUACCAGUGUGCGUGUAAAAGAAGUACAAAUAUAUUCAUGAAUGGCCGUAAAAAUUGUGUACAUAAACCCCCCGUUGUCCUGUGGCUCUUACCGUCUUACUUUGCAGUCGCCUUUAGGCCUCCAACCUUCGGGUUGUAGGUCACUGGUAAGGAAUCCAGGAGCGACUAUAUAGAUUAUUUGGUUAGCAUCAUUGGUAAUGGCGGGUAUCGACUGGAUGUUGGCCAGCAGACUUACCAGUAUUUCCAACCAAUGUCCAAUUUCCGCUUGAGCGAGCGCUUUGCCACAUGCCCUUUGGAAUUACGACAAAUGGAGCCUGGUUGUUAAAUACAUCCGGUCCUAGGACGUGCUUUUCUGUAGGCGUGCCGUCGUCGUGAGAGAGUGAGAGGGUGAGAGGCGCGCCGGCGUAAUAGUGCCAGAUCUCCGUCGCAUCGGGGACGCGAUGCCAUCUCGAGUUGCCAGCCGAGCCUUCCAGCAAAUAGUAGAUGAGGGUGCUAACAGAUCGGUUAUUCACCCGGUCGGGGUCCUCAAAGGUUUGCAGAUAAUAGCCCUUCUCUGGGUUAGGAAGAAGCUUGAGCUUAUCCACCACCUCUUGUGCGGUGCGCUGGUUAAUAGGUUUGCCUUCCGCGAGACAGGUCGGCAGUGCAGUGAGCGCCGCCACUAGGGCGAAGCCAGAGCGAAAGAGCAUAGCAGCGACGGAGAAUCUUUUGAAAGCCAGGCAACAGCCUAAUAGGAGGGAGAGCUUGUAGGCUUAGCGAUGCUUCAAACAAGAUCUCAGCGGCAGCAAAACGCCUUGGCUAUGGGGUGGUGGACAUUCAAAUAAGCGUUCGGGGAUGCCACAACAAAUAGCGAGCACUGGCGUCAACUUGCGAACAUCGGGGGUCGCCCCGGCUUUGAAAAAGAUGGGUUUGUAAAAUUGUCCGCAGAUCCACUAGGACCGCCUGCGGUCUUAUUGUCCAACUGCAGGGUUGUACCAUGUACAUUGCAUGGGCGCUGUUGUCAGCGCUGGGCCAUAUCUUGGGGUGGCUAAAACACAGGCCCACGGCGGCGGUAUGCGAGGAAAAGGAACGCAAUUUGCUUUUUGGCGAACCCACAUCAUGCUGUCCCCUUGCUGGAGCACCUACGUACUUGCUACUUGGUCAUCCAAGCCAGAGGGGGACAGACAGCUGGAUGAAUAAAGGCCAAGGUUGCAUCCGGGCGGGGUCUCUUGGGUUCGCGAACGCAUAGAAGUCUGCCAGAACCAGUAGUUUUGUGUGCCAAUCGCGUGUUUCAAGGCCUAGCAAACCGAGCUAACGCCCGCCAUGGAACACUUGUGGAAGCCAGUGACCAACCACUACAGUUGACCAACACCAGAAAAUGGGAAAGGCUUGCAGACGAGCUGAAAAAGCAUCUCUGUCGCUCCUCAUCUCUCCGCUCAUUUUGGCUGUCAGUUUUAGUGAUGACAGGCCGUAAUAAAUGCCUGUCGUUAAGCUUUGAGUCUAUUAGCCAGUGUAAGACGGCUUAGCCGGGACGUGUUGAAAAAAAAGACACAGGCUGAAUGGUGAUCAAUGUCGUCAAAAUGAAAAACAUGGUAUUGCAUCAAAGUCGUAAAUGGGUAUAAAAUGAUGAUUCCUGCAAUAACACCUGCAAUAGCAGAAUAGCCUCCCAUGCGCCGUUCUCCAUCCAUGUGUAUUUCGUCUAUGCCGCCGCCGCCUCUUUCCAGCGGUAUUCCUUUUCAAUGCCCUGCUGCUCCUUUGCCGUGUCGCAGAGCCUCAUAUCACCGCAGUUGCACACUCCUCCAGGCCGCAGCCACCUAUAUGUAAUGCUCCACCUAUCCUGUCGUAAGCGAACUGUGCCGUCGGACAGAGGGUCGGUCUUCCGGGCACGAAUGGAGUGCGUCCAGUGCAGGCGGACAUCGCCGCUGAAUUGGGCCAUGCUGCGCGCUGGUAAGUCGAUGUCGAGCUUCUCUCCCGUUUCUGGGUGCGCAAACUGCAUCAGGACAGGCGAGCCUAGUGACAGGGAGUAGAGCUGAUCAAAGGCGCUGUGCGUAUCCGCAUGUGGCGGAAUGCCAGCUCCCGGCGGAUAGUGCUGGAUGCACACUUGAUCUGGAAGCUCAGUCUCGCCUGGCGGCAGAAGCUGGUUAAGCCACGGUGGAAACGGUUCGUAUGGGAUGUCUCGGUCUAUCUUGAACGUCUUGUAGCAGAAUGUGUAGCCAUAGUGAAGAGAUCGUCGGCCAUUACGAUCUGGCCACUCGAGCUCGCUGAGAAACGUUUCCAAGACUUUCUUUUCGAAUUCUUCUGUGACAAAGUCGGUAGUCAACACUAAACCCGGAGGUUGUUUGGAAACAUGUGUCAUUGUUUUG